GUCUAAAAGAUGAGAUAGUGAAGGUGUGUCUCACAUGAACUGUCUUUAAUUCUAAAGAACGCCGAUCUGUUCAUCGGACGGUCAUUAUCGAAAGAAGAGAGAGAGAAGACACGUGGAGUAUAUAGAUAAAGUCAAAUAAAAAUGCUUCCUUUACCUUUUCUUCCCACUCUCUCUCUCUCUCUCUCUCUCUCUGACUCUCUCUAGCUAACGAACGCCAUGGACGAGACCCAAAUCGCCUCCCUCCUCAAAUCAUCAGACCUCUUCCCUCUCCCUCAAAGCCUCAAACUUUCCUACGGAACAGCUGGAUUCCGCGGCGACGCAACGCUCCUAGCCUCCACCGUCUACAGAGUCGGCAUCCUCUCAUCUCUCCGCUCCCUCAAACUCAAACCCUCCACCAUCGGGCUCAUGAUCACAGCCUCCCACAACAAAGUCUCCGACAACGGCGUCAAAGUCUCCGACCCAUCCGGCGGAAUGCUCUCCCAGGAAUGGGAGCCCUUCGCUGAUCAGAUCGCAAACGCGUCUUCUCCUCAAAAGCUCGUCUCUUUGAUCAAAGAGUUCGUCGAAAGAGAAGAGAUUUCAAUCGGAGACGGUGAAGGAGAGGUGUGGUUGGCGAGAGAUACUAGACCUAGCGGUGAAGCCCUCCUCCGAGCUGCGGAGAUCGGAGUCUCCUCUGUUUCGGGAUGCGUGGCGGUUGACUUGGGAGUGUUGACGACUCCUCAGCUGCAUUGGAUGGUGAGAGCUAAGAACAAAGGUCUCAACGCAACUGAGAAGGCUUACUUCGAGAGUCUAACGACGUCGUUUAAGUGUUUGAUUGAUCUGAUCCCUUUUAACAAGAGUAGUGGUAGCAAGUUGGUGUUAGAUGGUGCUAAUGGUGUGGGAGGGGAAAAGAUGGAUGAGUUAUUAAGAGGGUAUUUAAGUAAUUUAGAUAUCGAGAUUCGUAACACAGGGAGAGAUGGUGGUGUGCUUAACGAAAGUGUAGGUGCUGACUUCGUUCAGAAGGAAAAUGUUGCGCCUUUAGGGUUUGGGGUUAACGACGUUGGCGUGAGGUGUGUUAGCUUCGACGGUGAUGCUGAUAGGUUAGUUUACUUUUACGUCUCUUCUGGUGAGAAGAUUGAGUUGCUAGACGGUGAUAAGAUACUCUCUUUGUUUGCUCUCUUCGUCAAAGAGCAGCUAAACGUUCUUGAUAAUGGGUGUUGUCGUCUUGGUGUUGUGCAGACGGCUUACGCGAACGGUGCGUCGACGGAUUACUUGAAUGGUUUGGGUUUAGAUGUUGUUUUCGCGAAGACUGGUGUGAAGCAUUUACAUGAGAAGGCGGCGGAGUUUGAUGUUGGGAUCUACUUCGAAGCUAAUGGCCACGGGACUAUACUCUUCUCGGAAGAUUAUGUUUCGUUGUUGGUUGAUAAGCGGAAGGGUCUGAGUGAAGGGUCUGAUGAGUACAAUGCGGUUUCUAGGCUAGUGGCGGUGAGUAAGCUGAUUAACCAAGCGGUUGGUGAUGCUAUAAGUGGGUUGCUUUUGGUUGAAGUGGUGCUGCGACAUAUGGGGUGGUCGGUGCAGAAGUGGAAUGAGCUGUAUAAGGAUCUUCCUAGCAGACAGGUUAAGGUUGAAGUUCCGGAUAGAACAGCGGCUGUGACCACGAGGGAAGAGACCGAGGCGCUGAGACCUUUGGGGAUACAGGAUGCUAUUAAUGGUGAGAUUAGGAAGUACAAGCGUGGCAGAGCUUUCAUAAGGCCAUCAGGUACAGAAGAUGUUGUGAGAGUAUAUGCAGAGGCGUCGACACAAGAGGAUGCUGAUUCUUUGGCUGAUUCUGUGGCUCAGCUUGUCAAAAGCUUCCUUGGUUCAAGCUAAAGCUUCAUUUGAGUUCUGUUACUUGAGAGUUACUUUUUGUUUCUCUUGUAGCUCUUCUUUGUUUCCAAUAAAGUUAUGAAACUGGAAUGUAUCUUCUUCUCCUGGAAUAGUACAAGUGAGAGAUUGUUGUUAA